CGACGACGACAAGGUUGCGAGCAAUCGACUCUCGAAAAUGGAUGAACGAAUAUAAAAAUGGUGCACCAGAGAUCACAAGUGCACGAGUUCGUCGAUCGAAUCGCAAGCGUAUUUGCGAUAUAUCACAAAGAAUAACGAACAAUUAUAAACGCAAGACAUGCAGCGCACGGGAAUUCGGAUUAUUCGAAAGGUCCUGGGUAGUAGGGCAUAUACCACUGCACCUGCACAAGAACAGAUGGUGUCUGCUACCUUCAAGGUACAGGAUCUGAAGGAUUUCAACGAACGAGUAAAAAAUUCCAAAGUACCUGUUAUCGUGGACUUUUUUGCAACAUGGUGUAAUCCAUGUCGUAUGUUGACUCCAAGAAUAGAAACGGUCGUCGCCGAAAAGCAGGGAAAGAUACUGUUGGCAAAAGUUGACAUCGACGAAAAUACAGACCUCGCUCUUGAUUACCACGUUGGAUCCGUACCUGUUCUUAUCGCUAUGAAAGACGGGAAAGUCUUGGAAAGAAUAGUCGGUCUGCAAGAUACCGACAAACUUCGACAAUUCGUUAACAAGUAUACAGAAUAGCGCAGUACGAAGAAAUUAUAAAUUACAUAAUCUUUAUCCUCCUUCGUCACUCCUUGUACAGAAAAUUUACAUACAUUGUACAUGUUUCAAAGGAUUUAGCACCCAUAUUCCCAGCAAAUCCUUUUUAGUAAAAUGAAUAAAUGUAUUUCGAUAUAUG